AUGUCGAUGAUAAAUAUUUUCGACGCAGGUGAACCUUCGUUGGGAUUUACGAAUAGUACUUGCUGGGGUCAAUUUGACGUUUUAGCUUGUCUUUUUUUUGUCACCCCAUUCUGGCUUCGUAUGCUGUGUAUGGUUGCUGGAAGUGGUAUGUGUCUUCUGUAUGGACUUGGAGAUUUAUUUUGUAAUUUUCAAGUAAGAAUGAAUUUUUUUAUGCUUUUUUGCAAGAAUUUGUAG